GCUCGUCAGAUCGGAACGGACUCGUCCACUCGCUUCAUUCCACUAAGUUCUGGAGUCUAGACACGAUGUCGGUCACCCUUCUUGACCUACCUCCGGAAAUUAUAGAAAGCAUUCUCUUGUUUGCUGGCCCUAUCGACACAGCCCGCUUCUCUCAGACAUGCCGUGCACUGUACUCUCUAGUCUACGAAUCCGAAGACCAGCAUCUCUGGCGUGCUCUGUUCCUAGCGGAAGAAACCUUUGACGAUCCACGGAAAUGUACAAAUUCUUUCGGAGACCCUCUGUUACACUACGAGGAGCCUGUAGACUGGCAAGACGAGCUGAAGCGACGCGUUCGAGCACAAACAGUCAUUAGUAAUCCGGCUUGCUUUCGAAAUAAUGACGAACUCCUCCAGGUCCUUGAGACGGUCGUCUCUAUGGUCAUUCAGACACCGUCGGCCUCAUAUCAGUAUACUUCUGAGGAAAUCUCGCGAAACCUUGUCUGGCUUGCCGCUCGCCGUGAGCUCGGCGACUUCCUAGAGUACUUUCGCGCCCGACGUAAUUCGCUUCUCCACGAGAUCCGCCAGCUUGUAGCUAAAUUGCACACGCACGUGGGGCACACAGCGCCUGACUUCUCCCUAGAGCGCUGUGUCGACACGCGAGCUUUCGUAUAUGAUAUGCGGAAUUAUUCUGAAGCGAAUGGAUGGGGUCCGUUUCAGUCUAACGGCGAGGUUAAUUGGGAGCAUUUACUUGCCGUGCAACACGUUAUGGGCAUGCAUAUCGUUGCUCCAGAGGAUGCUAGUCCGGUUGGUAACCAAGUCUUGAGUCUUCUUCCAUAUUGCCAGACACAAUUGCCGAAGCAUCAGCUGGAAGGUGACUGGGCAGGGGUAGACGGACUGUGGAGCUGCUCUUUCUGUUUUAUUGAUCAUAGGGAACUACUUGCUUUUAAUGUAACAGACCCACGAGACACAUCUCUUUUUGCCCGUCCUGACUUCAUUGAAGUCUUCCGAUCAUUUAGGCUUCGUAUGCGCUUCACGGGAACAAAAUUUAAUCCGAAAUUUCCAACUAGACCAACAAUCACAUUCAAGGGGAGCGUCCAAGACGUACAUACUAUGACGGGCACUGUCAACGCUGCUGGUGACGGUACAAUUCGAUGGAGUUUCACAUCUGGAGAAGCAACGCAGAUGAUUUGGAGUUCGGAAGGUGUGCAAAUUGGAGCUGCGCAAUCGACGUUCGGUGUUCUCGGUACGUGGACAACUGUCUUUCACGACGAAGGAGAUCCAGUAGGCAAGUUAUCAUCUCGUUUCUUUGCUGAGGAAAAAUCAAACAUCUGGAAUUCUAGGACCGUUCUGGUUGCGGAAGGAGGGACUUGAAGCGUUAGAGGCGGACAGUCCUUGAACUGCUAUAUCAUGACUAGACAUUUAUUCGUUCUUGCUAACGUUGGUUAUUCAUAAUCUCUCUGAACUAGACUAUCUAUGGAAGGUAUCAGCUCUGUACAAGAACGGGAUCGAAUUUCUAGAGCCAGAGCCUCUGGCCCUCUGUACUGCAACUAGUUUACUAGGUUUCGCCAAGCAUCUACUAUGUCCUUUCAAAGGCACGCAGUUCUUGUGUUUUCCAUUUGUGCAACAACCUACCCAGUUAGCAUUCGGAUUUUUACGAGAGGUCAUCACUCUGAAUUGUACAGGGAAUUUUAUUAUUACUGUUGUAUGUGUGUUGGGAAGAAUAAUAGACUGGGGUAACCUUCUCAGACCUUGUUGC